UGUGUUAAAGGUUUCCUUUCAGUGUGACUCAACUCGACUCUGGCGUUGAAACCAUAUCUUCAUCCCAGUCAUCUGCCUAGCGGUUGAAAAGGUAUCAACACCCUACACCGUAAAUUCCAUCAACAUUUGGUACCUUGGAUGAAAGUAUCUUUCUGACACAACCUUUUUUUCGUUCUCAAAGACGACUACAUUUUCCAAAAACCAGAAGACAUCGCCCACGCCUUUGUUAGCUGUCCAUGAUGAAUAGCCCUCCCGCUGACCGACGUCCAACAAGACGAACGAGAAUAGUGUGCAUCAGCGACACCCACAACUGCACUGUCAAGCUGCCCAAGGGCGACGUUCUCAUCCACGCUGGUGACUUGACAAACCAAGGGAGUAUUUCAGAGCUCACCAAGGCAAUCCAAUGGCUGGAAAAGGCCGAUUUUGAAGCCAAAGUUGUCAUUGCCGGAAACCACGACAAAGCCCUCGACCCGGCACUCUCUUCCGACUCUUCUCAGCAUCAAGCCCUCUCCCCAGCGUCUAAACACUUCCAUGAUCAAUCUCUCCCCAACCCAAGAGAAUGUCUCUCCCUUUUCGAGACUCACGGACCAUCAAUCACUUACCUUCGCCAUGAGUCCGUUGAAAUCAUGCUCACGCACCCAAAGGGUCCGAGGACAAAGUUCAAAGUAUUUGGAAGCCCGGGAACUCCCGGGCUGGGAGAUAAGUGGGCGUUUGGGUAUGAGAGGGGUGUUGAAGAUCCGAACUACGUCUCCAGAAAGGAGCAGGAGGCGCGGGUAAUGACUGAUGGGGGAGGAGAGGCGGAAGGAAACGACGAGAUUAAAACCGCAGAGAAGAUUUGGUCCGCCAUCCCUCCAGACACUGACAUCCUCAUCACGCACACGCCUCCCUACGGACACUGUGACCUUGGUGUCGUCCGCGGGUCAGACGGGGAAACUGGAGAUGGAAAGGAAACAGAAACAGACACAGACCAGCAUCUAGGCUGCCAUUCCCUCCUUCAACGCUUAUCAGUCGUUCGGCCGAGACUGCAUGUUUGCGGACAUGUACAUCGCGCUAGAGGUGCUGAAAGGGUUCGGUGGUCCCCGUGUCGUGAUAUUUUGGAUAGAGGAGAGGAUGAUAGCUCUAGCGAGAUGGCAUGGACAGUGUCCGCGACAGAAAACUGGGCGGACCCAAGCCCGGAUCCAAAGUCUGCAAAAAUUAGUUUGGUUGACCUGACGGGUCGCGGUCGUGGGGAAGGAAGCAGAAGAUUAGACUGGGAUGAUGACGCUGACGCUGGUGAGGCAGGAGGAAGGGAAAGAAGAAGAGGAGGGGGAGAAGGAGGAAGAGAAGGACGAAAGGAAACGUGUGUGGUGAACUGCGCGAUUUUGGCCAGCAAUUAUCCUCAUGUGGGAGGCAAGAGGUUUCAUAAGCCGGUGGUGGUGGAUUUGGAGUUGCCGGUUUGUGGGGAAGGGGGAGACGAUCAGGAGAAUUAACAGGAGGGUUGGAUGGAAGACUGGCGGCGAUGAGGGCGAGGAAAGGGACUAGCUGAUUAUCAGAUAG